AUGGCGCACCGAGAAUCGGAAAUCAUCCCAUGGGAGUGCCGUGAUGUGGAGGAUCAGGCCAAAGCCUACUACAACCAACCUCUCAGGUCCUCGAAUAAGGCUCUCGCCGAUGAAAAUGCAAGACUGAAGAAGCUGCUCCGAGAAAAUGGCAUCUCUUGGUCCCCUAUAUCCGCCAACUACCAGAACCUCAAGAGUAGUGCCAGACGGGAGCAAGCUCUUUCCUCAGGAACUCGCUCAUUUCCACACAUUCCGACAGAAGUCCUGCUGCGCAUUCUCAACUACUCAAUGACCUCGAAGGACACGAUUAUCGACCCCUUGUCGAAACUCACGCGCGAGAACCUCACGGCCGAGGAGAAAAGCCGCGGUAAUCAAGUCGCCAUCCAUUUUUUAGCGACAUGCAAGGCGAUGCACAACGAAGGCAGCCGCAUGUUCUGGAGCCAGAACACUUUCACCUUCACAACUCCGCAAGCUGUCAAGAACUUUGCCGAGUUGGACUUUGGAUUCCGAAAGGACAUCAAGCAUGUCAACUUUCGCAUCGUCGCUCAGUUCUACGACGAUAAGAAGCGAAAACACAAGCUCGAGCGAUCCUAUCACCCCUCCCUCAAGAGCGAUAUCAUACUGCGGACGAUUCCUCGGGUAAAAGAACGAAGCUAUGCCCGUGGCGGCUUCCGCGCCUACACCUGGGGUCAAGUGACGGAUUUCCUGCGUGCUCUCCGCCCUCCCUUCGAUCCCCAGCAUGACAGGAAGCUAGCUCGCCCCAAGCUGCUCCCCGGUCUUGACUCGCUCAGAAUUGACUUGGUAAACUUCCUUGACGACUUUCUCCCCAUGCCUGGCAGCGACAUGCACGAUAUCGCAUCCCACGAACUCGGAUGCUCUCUGAACGAGUUGCAAGUCACCGGUCUUCCGAUAGACGAUUCUGGUAGCAAGGUCACCGCAGAGCUUACUGGGCUCUUGCGGGACGAGGGCCUCUUCCUCGCUGGGUUGCCUUCAUUUGUUCAAGUCAAGAACUCCCUGAAGCCUCUGCCGGGCAUCUCGAGCUGCGCGCGUGUUGUUCGGGCUUGGAAGACGGUAAGGGAAAAGAAGGGAUCGGAUUUCCCUGAACUGUACCCGCCUGUUGGGUAUCCUGAUGGUGAGGAUGAUGACUCUAACUCCUCUGAUCCGGAGCUCCACGAACUCCACACCCAUCCCACUGAGCCUAUCAUGCCUCCUGCUCCUCGAGAGCCAGGUCAUCCCAAGUCUGCACCCAGUCGCCGGGAUUUGACCAUCUGGAAGAAAGUUCCCAAGUCCCGUGAUCAUAGCGGUGACGACGACCGCCAGUGGACUGAGUUCUGCCGCAGCAGUGGCUAUCCCAUGGAGGACAUUGAGGACAUGAUGGGUGACGAUGACGAGCUUGGUAUCUGUCCUUGUUGCGGUGAACCCCAUCCUAGUAUCUUGGACCUCCUCGAUAUGGACUGGAACGCGGGUUCAUCGUCGUCGGAUGAUGAUAGUGAUUGA